GGAAGAGGCCUUGAUGCACGCUCCGGCAGAGUGUCUGUCCUCCCCUUGCCAUCUUCAGGAAGCCCUGUCGACAGACUGAGAGAAGCUGUCAGUCUGUCGCAAACUGUUUUGGCAAAGCGGUGUCACCCCGAGAACACAGAGGCGGAGAAGGAUCCUUGGAGAAUGUCGAGCACUCUGGUCGUGUGUGAAGUAGAUGAAAGUCUCAAAGAAAAACUGACAAAGUUUCGAUUUCGAAAGGAGACCAACAAUGCUGCCAUACUGAUGAAAAUAGACAUGGAGAAGCAGCUCGUCAUCCUCGAGGAGGAAUACGAGGACAUUUCACUGGAUGAUCUGCGAGAAGAACUUCCAGAGCGGCAGCCUAGAUUCAUCGUCUACAGCUACAAAUACGUCCAUGAUGACGGCAGAGUGUCCUACCCUCUGUGCUUCAUCUUCUCCAGUCCAAUGGGCUGCAAGCCGGAGCAGCAGAUGAUGUACGCAGGCAGCAAGAAUCGACUGGUCCAAGUGGUCGAGCUCACAAAGGUUUUUGAAACAAGAAACACCGACGAUCUGAAUGAAGAGUGGCUGAAGAAGCAGCUGGCAUUCUUCCGCUGAACAUCAACACGCUGAGUCGCAGUACUAUUCAAUUUGGAUAUGGAGAAAUGCAAACUGGGUUUAGUUUCCUGUUGCUUGCCACUAUGUUUCCAUCAACCACUGAAGUAUCAUUACAUUUUAAAAACAAUUCUGUGGAUCUUCUGAAACCAAUAAAGAAAAACUCAACCUCUGAA